AGUUGGUCCUGAAUGAAAGUGGCGCGCCGCCCCUGACGUUAACGGAGUAAGAGCGGCUGGGUUACGACGCCGACCCGGAAUCUGGUGUGUCCGGCGCCUGGUGGACAGCGGACCGCGAGCAGGCGGCGGCGGGCAGCCAGCGUCGGCGGAGGGGCGGCUCUGCGUGGCCCCAAGACAUGGCUCACAACAAGAUCCCGCCGCGAUGGCUGAACUGCCCGCGGCGCGGCCAGCCGGUGGCAGGAAGAUUCUUACCUCUGAAGACAAUGUUAGGACCAAGAUAUGACAGUCAAGUUGCUGAAGAAAAUCGGUUCCAUCCCAGUAUGCUCUCAAAUUAUCUAAAGAGUCUGAAGGUUAAGAUGGGCUUAUUGGUAGACUUGACAAAUACUUCAAGAUUUUAUGACAGAAAUGACAUAGAAAAAGAAGGAAUCAAAUAUAUAAAAUUACAAUGUAAAGGACAUGGUGAGUGCCCUACAACUGAGAAUACUGAGACAUUUAUUCGCCUUUGUGAGCGGUUUAAUGAAAGAAGCCCACCUGAACUUAUAGGUGUGCAUUGUACCCAUGGUUUCAAUCGCACUGGUUUCCUCAUAUGUGCCUUUUUGGUGGAGAAAAUGGAUUGGAGUAUUGAAGCAGCAGUUGCUACUUUUGCCCAAGCCAGACCACCAGGGAUUUAUAAGGGUGAUUAUUUGAAAGAACUUUUUCGUCGCUAUGGUGAUAUAGAGGAAGCACCACCUCCACCUCUAUUGCCAGAUUGGUGUUUUGAGGAUGAUGAAGAUGAAGAUGAGGAUGAGGAUGGCAAAAAGGAAUCAGAACCUGGGUCAAGUGCCUCCUUUGGAAAAAGGAGAAAAGAACGGUUAAAACUGGGUGCUAUUUUCCUGGAAGGUGUAACUGUUAAAGGUGUAACUCAAGUAACAACUCAACCAAAGUUAGGAGAGGUACAGCAGAAGUGUCACCAGUUCUGUGGCUGGGAAGGGUCUGGAUUCCCGGGAGCACAGCCUGUUUCCAUGGACAAGCAAAAUAUUAAACUUUUGGAGCAGAAUCCAUAUAAAGUAAGCUGGAAAGCAGAUGGUACUCGGUAUAUGAUGUUGAUUGAUGGCACAAAUGAAGUUUUUAUGAUUGACAGAGAUAACUCAGUGUUUCAUGUUUCAAAUCUGGAAUUUCCAUUUCGUAAAGAUCUUCGUAUACAUUUAUCAAAUACUCUCUUAGAUGGGGAAAUGAUUAUUGACAGAGUAAAUGGACAGGCUGUUCCUAGAUAUUUGAUAUAUGACAUAAUUAAAUUCAAUGCACAACCAGUUGGAGACUGUGAUUUUAAUAUUCGUCUGCAGUGUAUAGAACGAGAAAUAAUAAAUCCUCGACAUGAAAAAAUGAAGUCUGGGCUCAUUGACAAAACACAAGAACCAUUUAGUGUCAGAAACAAGCCCUUUUUUGACAUCUAUACUUCAAGAAAGCUGCUUGAAGGAAAUUUUGCCAAAGAAGUCAGUCAUGAAAUGGAUGGACUUAUUUUUCAGCCCAUUGGCAAAUACAAACCUGGUCGAUGUGAUGAUAUUUUAAAAUGGAAGCCUCCCAGUCUGAAUUCUGUAGAUUUUCGCCUCAAGAUAACAAGAAUGGGAGGAGAAGGGUUACUUCCGCAGAAUGUUGGCCUUCUCUACGUUGGAGGUUAUGAAAGGCCCUUUGCACAAAUCAAGGUGACAAAAGAGCUAAAACAGUAUGACAACAAAAUUAUAGAAUGCAAAUUUGAGAACAACAGCUGGGUCUUCAUGAGACAGAGAACAGACAAAAGUUUUCCUAAUGCCUACAACACUGCCUUGGCUGUGUGCAACAGCAUUUCAAAUCCUGUCACCAAGGAGAUGCUGUUUGAGUUCAUCGACAGAUGUGCUGCAUCUUCUCAAGGACAGAAGCGAAAGCAUCAUCUGGACCCUGACACAGAGCUCAUGCCGCCACCACCUCCCAAAAGACCGCGCCCUAUGACCUAAGAGCAGACUUGACUUCAGGAGGAGGGGAAAGAUGAGUGAGGAAAAUGCUGUCACUCCAUUUUUGCAGCCCGAGAAAUUAAAAAAAAAGAGUGUGGCUUGAUGUUGAGAUACAUUUGAAUUUUUUUUUUUUUUUAGGCAAAGAAAAUAUUGUAGCCAGCCUGUAAAUAUUUGAUGUAUUUGUUUCCUCAGUGCUACAGUACAUCAUGGACUUGAACAUUUUAUUUAUAUCUGAUAACUCAGCCUUACCUUGUGGAAUCUGAAGAUUGAAAUACCCAAAGGUUUAAAUGAUUGAAAUCAAUGAAAAAGAGGCCUUGUUUAUAUAUGGGUAACUUUCAUCAUUAACUUACAAAGUUAUCUGCAAUCUGGAACUGUGACAGCAUAGAACUGUAUUUUUUAGAAAUUGUAUGCCAACUAUGGUAAAUUUUCCUUUUAAAACAUGUAGGCAAUGGCAUUAAACAUUCUUGCUAUCGUUUAUCAUGGAUUUCCUAUAUUUCUGAGAUUCCUGUGUUCAAAAACAAAUGACAAGGUUGUUAGGUAUUGUACUAUAUUAAACAACUUGGUCUGGCUUCUGUCAUUUUAAGGUGUGUUUUUGUAAAAGUAAAACUCCAUUUUUGUGAAUUGCAUCUUUUCUAAAGAAAGUAUACUGAGUACUUUCAUCUGUUUCUAUUGUUUGAACUGCAGCAUCAGAUAUUCAAGGUGUUCAUUCUGGCAGUGAUUUUGAGUUACUUCAUAGUACUCAGAUGGAUACCAUCAGGUCCUUUAUGUGUUUCCUAGAAGACUUCUUUUUGAUAAACACCCAAGCCACUUCUGCUUCACCUCAGUGGUAUCAGCACAUUGUACAUUACAUUAAAACAUACAACUCACUGUGAUUAUGGGAUGUCAAAUACAAACAAUGUUGUGUUAGUUCCCUGGAACAAAAAAGCAAAGGAAAUGCCAGCUGACUUCUUUGAUUAGAAGGUAACAUCAGUGGAAUAGAAUGCUGUCGUGAGAAAGUGCUCUCCCACUGCUGGAUAACUGCAGAGGCCAAGAGGAGACAUCUGUAGGAAGUACACAUCAAGGCAACCAAGACAUUUCUUUUCAAAGCCAGAAUUCUAUCUAUUUUCUAUUCUGGGAAUGCUGUUUAUGUUGUACAUCUGCAUCUUGACAUGUUUACUGAGCGGUAAUGGUUUUAGAGAGUAGCUAAUUGGUCAUCAGCCAUUGUUGAGAAACUAUUCUGAUUGGUUUGUGAAGGAACUUUGAGAAUUAGCCAAUUAGAGGCUAAUGUAUUUAUUUUUAGAGGUACAGGUUUUAAGUAUAUGUAUUUAAAACAAAUUUUCAUGAUCUGAAUUUUGUAUAUGUAUAUGCAUAUAUAUUUGAGUAUAUGCAACAGUGUAUAUUCUUCUACUAAUGCAGACAUGAAAUCCAAACGAGUGACCUAGGGAAUACCUGACAGGAUAUAGCACAGAUUAACCAAAAAUGUAUAAUUCCCUGAGUUCUAAUGUUUUUAAACAAAGUUUUCUCCUGCCGAGCUUUUCUAAAUGAAAUGCUAGUGUCAUGCUUGGACUUUUUUCUUCAUUGUCCCCAGGUUAUACAAUGUAUUGUGAAUUUAUCCAAAAUGCCGUUUUAGUGUUUGUUUUCUAGAGUACUUUGUUCAUUUGGGCACUAACUGGGUUCAAACACCUGAGUGAUACAAUGAGUGUUGAAAGGUGGAAAUUUCUCAAAGGGUAUUUGACACAAAGUGGGUCUUAAAAAAUGCCUAUGCAA